AUGCAUGCAGCACGGAAUGGUCAAGCAGACUGUUUGGCCGUCCUCUUGGUUGCCGGGGCGGACAAGGCGGGGGAGAGAGAGAGCAACACCGCCCUGAUGCUCGCUGCGCGACAUGGCCAGUCUGACUCACUGGGCACACUGUUGGCCGCAGGCUACACGGCUGUCAUGCAGGCCGCCGGCAAUGGCCACCAAAAGUGCGUGAAGCUCUUGCAGGACCAAGGAGCAAGCAAGGUAGCGAUCAAUCGGGCGGGCGAGGGUCCCGGCGCUCUAAGGCUCGAGU